UGGACCUUCAGAGAGCCAAUCAGAUCGCUGGAUCUCACACUAACAACAAACAAAAGAUCGGGGUUCCCUCAGCUACUGUCUUUCUGCUCAUUUUACGCAUUUUACGUCUGUCCGAUCAGUUGGAUGUCGUCUUAAAUGACAAGGAUCAACUUUCUGGAAGUCUGUUAUGUUUUUAAAUGCUACCGUUUCUCUGUGUUGUGAUUAAUUCUCUCUAGCGUCUUGCUAACUCUAUCAGAGAGGCUGUUUGCGGGCUAAUCGCAGUUAGCUGGCAGGCUAGCCGUCCUCUUCGAAUAAAACAAGCCCAAAAUCUCAGCAGCUCUUCUCCUGUGGUGUCUGACAGUGGUCGCUUUAGCCACUGGACACUGAUAGAAAGCUGUCCAGCUAAAGAUAGCUGGCAAGCCGUUGAUAUCGGCGGCAGGAAUCGGAUCGCGAUGUCAGGACCGUCAUCGGGCUGUGGGUUUCUGAUGUCGGUUGUCGUUCACGGAGACUUGGCUCUCAACGAGCAGGAAAAAGAGCUCAACCAGCGGCUUAGACGCCUUUACCCGGCCGUAAACGAGCAGGAGACCCCGCUCCCCAGAUCCUGGAGCCCCAAAGACAAAUUCAGCUACAUCGGCCUGUCUCAAAACAACCUCCGGGUGCAUUAUAAAGGUCAUGGAAAGACCCCAAAAGAUGCGGCAUCUGUCCGUGCAACACACCCUAUUCCAGCUGCCUGUGGGGUCUAUUACUUUGAGGUGAAAAUUAUCAGUAAAGGACGAGAUGGGUACAUGGGGAUUGGCCUGUCAGCUCAAGGUGUCAACAUGAACAGACUGCCAGGUUGGGACAAACACUCAUAUGGAUAUCAUGGAGAUGACGGCCACUCCUUCUGCUCAUCUGGCACUGGGCAGCCCUAUGGUCCCACAUUCACAACAGGCGAUGUGAUCGGCUGCUGUGUGAACCUCAUCAACAAUACCUGUUUCUACACAAAAAAUGGUCACAGUCUAGGGAUAGCUUUUACAGAUUUACCGCCCAACCUGUAUCCCACAGUGGGUCUACAGACCCCAGGGGAGGUCGUGGACGCCAAUUUUGGGCAGCAUCCGUUUGUCUUUGAUAUUGAGGACUACAUGCGUGAAUGGAGAACCAAAAUCCAAGCCCAGAUUGACCGUUUCCCCAUUGGGGAGAGAGAAGGAGAAUGGCAGGCCAUGAUUCAGAAAAUGGUGGCCUCGUAUCUGGUUCACCACAGCUACUGUGCCACCGCUGAGGCCUUUGCCAAAUCAACUGACCAGGCUGUACAUGAGGAACUUGCUUCUAUCAAAAAUAGACAGAAGAUCCAGAAGCUGGUCCUGUCUGGCAGAAUGGGAGAGGCUAUAGAGACCACUCAACAACUUUACCCAAGCCUGUUAGAGAGAAACCAAGACCUCCUGUUUAUGUUGAAAGUGAGGCAGUUUAUUGAGAUGGUGAAUGGCACUGACAGUGAGGUCAGGUGUCUCGGUGGGAGGAGCCCUAAGUCACAGGAUUGUUACUCGGGCUCCCCCCGUCUCUUCAACAGCCCUGUUAACAAAGCCAGCAGCUCCCAGACCUACCAGACAGGUUUUGAUAGUAAUUACUGUAAUGGAGUUUCAAGUAAAGGCCACACCUCUUCCCAUAGUCACAAGUCAUGUCCCCCUACCAUGCCAAGCCCUGAGCUCGGCGUCCUGAAUGGCAGUCGGGGUCAGCAGACCAACGUUAGUGCUGAGGUGGAGAUGGACGUUGAUCACUUCUCAAACGGAUUGUCUGAAUCCUCUUCAAAUGGAUUUCUGAAUGGCAGCUCUACUCACGGGAUAGACUUGGAGGAAUGUGAUGGAGAUAUGGAAGUGGAUAGUGCUCAGUCUAAGAGGCAGUUGUGCGGAGGGAGCCAGGCAGCCAUUGAGAGGAUGAUUCAGUUCGGCCGAGAGCUACAGAGCAUGAGUGAACACUUGCGCCGUGAAAGGGGAAAAAACUCAGCCAAUAAGAAGAUGCUCAAGGAUGCAUUCAGUUUGCUGGCAUAUUCAGAUCCAUGGAGCAGUCCUGUGGGCUACCAGCUAGACUCCAUCCAGAGAGAGCCUGUCUGCUCAACACUCAACAGUGCAAUAUUAGAGACUCAUAACCUGCCAAAGCAGCCUCCGUUGGCGCUCUCCGUCGGCCAGGCAGCUCAGUGUCUGUCCCUCAUGGCUCGCACAGGCAGCGGAUCCUGCGCCUUCGCAUCAGUGGAUGAUUACCUGCACUAACCUCUGGAGAAUCAUCCCUUUAAAUGACCACGUGAAAGAGGCCCACGUCAUCCCAGACUACCCCCAAAAACUGGGGCCAGCUUUGAAACCAUGGCCUGAUGAACUGAGCCUCCACAUGGCCAGACCCAUCCUGGCUCUCUGACGAGACUGGACCCUCUUCACCCGGACCUAAACUGGCCUAAAGACACAUUAGGAAGAGGGGUUCUUAAAAGUCAGAUAAAAUCCCCAAUUAUUAUGGUCUUUAUUUUUUUUUCCUUUUGUCUUUUUUAGUUUGGGGGAGGGGAGGAAGUUUUGGGUGGGGGGUGGGGGGAGGGGGGCAGCAGGCUCUGAUUGUUGUUUCCUAAUUUACAAGGCAUGAGGAAAGUUAUUAUGACAUAAUUAUUGUUAUUAUCAGUAAACUUGCAUAUAAGAUAUAUUUGUUCUUGGUUGAAAGCUGGCAGAGUGAGCGAGACCGAAUAACUAUGCUCCCACCUCGGCAACAUCCUGCUAUUUUCAGGUCUCAGCUUGUGUAAUUUACCAUUUAUAAAAGAAAAAAAAAAAGAGAAAAAAUAUUGCAAUUAUAUUAACAUGAGGAGUGGAACAUUUAGUUAUCUUAAUGUAAAAAAAAAAAUUCCAACCCAGAAAACCUAACACUGCUGGAGUCCUCCUUAGUGGUGGUGUGUAGUGUAGAGCGUUAGUGUGAGCUGUCUUGAGUUAUGCCCUUUUUUGUGCAAGCGCACCUUCCCUCUGCCAACUGCACAGCAGGAUUGAUGCAAUGUUCAGACACUUUGAUUUGUAAUUGUAUUGAUGUCUAUGGUCUUUUCAUCCACCCGAUCUCUUACUCCAUCUUUUUAAAAGUCCAUGUUCAGGCGUUCUGUCAUCAUCGUUGCCUGAACUGUUUUUUUUGUGCAGUUUGGAUGUGCGACGGGAACACGGUGAAAUUAAGGUCAUAUGCCUGCUCGAUUGUUUUUUCUCCUCUUGUUUACCGGUCAAUCCCUCAGAUCAUCAGUACUUUUAAAACAAGGAGAAUGGUACAGUAUUGUCAUCAGCACUGUCUUAUCAUUUUCAGUAAUAAAAGGUAAAUACCCAGUUGAACAAGAUAUACCCGUCUGUUUUGACACAUUUCAGCGAGUGUUUUAACGUUACACAAGACCAUUAAAAAAAGCCAAGUUU